UAAAUCAGACAAAGAGGACUCAAAGAGGAAUCUCCUUAGCCCACUCUUUCUCCUGUAUCUGAGGUUGCAGAGACACCUAGUGGUCGUAGGUGUUCUUGUCUCAGUGUUUCACUUUGAAGUUGCCUAUACAUACUCUACAUGUGUAGCACUGAAAGGCGGAUGUGUUUGAAAUAACUGCCCCUGAAUUCCUUCGUGGAAGUGUCUGCAAUAAUCAUAGCGACGGGCCCCCAGCGGUGCCCCUUCAGCGCCACAGUACAGUUGAGAUUCAUUGUGCGGGACCAUUUUAACCAGACCAGCAUUGUGCAGGGAACUCAUAUUACCCACACAGGUAUGCCAGGCAUCUUGUCCACUUGGGGUAAGAGUUUAAAUAAGAGGUCACAGCUGAUGUCCCUCGGAGCCCACACCAUGCUGGAGAGUCACUGCUGACAGUUGUAGCCCAGUGUCUGGAUUAUCAUAACAACCCAGCGACAACAGGUAAGAGCUCACAGAUUGGACAUAUUACCACCACUAUCGUAACCCAGCACACACAGGAGCCGGGGCUUAUUGUUAUUUGAAUGUUCAUAGAAGGGGAUCAUUUUCAGGUAGAAGUAGAAACCGGGAGACUGAACACACACAGCACCAUGUGUCUCAAGAUGUUCCAGCUCCCAAUAGAGGGUUGACCCACAGCCCAUAGCAAUGAUACUAAAGAUGUCCACAUGUCUCAUCCAUCUGAUAUGUAUUUAGAAGGUUUAUGGAUUUUAUGACUGAUUGGAUGCAGAUUUUCUUCUUGAGGUCCUGGAUGAAUCACAAUUAACACGCACUCCACAGUUAAAUAGUAAUAAUAAAUGUAUAUACAAUAAACCGUAGACGAGUAGAUUAGUAGGCUAUCCUUUGCUCACAUCACUAAGUUGCCAGUGUGUGCUCCUCAGGUAACUGUUUGCUGCUUAGGUGCUGUCUCAGUGGUGCGUGCAACUUUUUUUUUUUAAGGCACCGAACAGUGCAUUGGACACCUGACAGCGAAGCACUUAUCACUGGAAGGACGUGGCAAAAAAUACAUCCUGAGUCAUUCGUCAUGAGAAAGCGCGAUGAUAGCAGGUCAGACUUUAAAUUCCAACCUGCUGCUUAGCGUGCGUGCAGAGUACACAUGUACUAAAGCAAAAUGUGCAGCAGUAAACCUCCGAGUCCUCACGUCUCAGGUUUGUAUGUUGUACAAGCCUCUAUAUGGUAAUACGAGCUCAAUAAAAUCCACAGAAAGUAAAAAACAAUUGGGUGAAUUAUGAGGCACAGACACAUAAAAAUCUGUGUCAGCCAACAGAAAAUAGACACAAAACAACACAAAACAUGGCUGUUGUGUGUCCCUUUGUUUUCUUUUUGCUCUUUUUGUUGUUGUUUUGAGUCUUUUUGUAGUUGUUUUUUUGUCUCUUUGUAGCUGUGUUGUGUCAUUUCUAUUUACAUCUGUCAAGGAGGUUAUGUUUGUCUGAUAUUAAGUAGGAUUACACAAAAACUACUUGAUGUAUCACCAUGAAACCCGGUGAAAGAUUGCAGGCUGAGACAGGGGAGAAACCAUUACAUGGGGCAAAACCAUUUUUUUUCUCUUACUUUCUUGUAAAUGUUUGAUUUCUCAGAGAAUAAUUCAUGUAUCUCGAUGAAAAAAUCAAAUAUGUUUAGGGCAUAAAUAUUUCUAAUUAUAUCCAGUUUGGAGUUUCCCCCAAAAUGUUUGUUAGUUUAACUUUUUAUUUGUCUUUGCUGUGUUUUUGUCUUUCUUUGUAGUUUGUGUUAGUAUCUGUCUACCACGUGCCGUUUAGGUUUGUUCCUCAUUCAGUCAGGCCUUCAGUGUCACAAGAUGUGGGAGGGGCAGAUGGAAGAAACACGGACCAAGGACACACCCGUAAAUAUUAUACAGUGAGGUCAGCUGAUCCCAUCGGCCAUCGGCUCAGGAUAUGUACUUCAUUAAACUGAUAAAAGGGAAAUGUGAACAAUGCGUUCCUGCUAGGAUAAGCAGUUUCACACUAGAGCUGCGAGCUGAAGCAGCUCCUCAGACUGUCCCCCUGCACUGCAGACUCAGUAGCUUUUUUAAUAGGCAGAGAUAUGAGGAUUUAUUUUAAAUCUACAGUUUUUUUUAUAAAUCUACUUUUCAGUCGGUGGCUGUCGUUCAGGUCCCCUUCUUCACCUUAUUGCUAUGAUGCUGUUUCUAGCCAUUUUUUAGCCAUUUCACUUUAAUCAUUUCAGAUUCACGUGUCUGAUUAUCUUAGGAGUAACUAUGCUAUUUUAUUACCAUGUGAAAAUGUUUGUAAUCUCUGUCAGUGUUAAUAAAUGAGAAAAUGAUCAAGCUAAAAAAGUGUUUCCAUGUAAAGUAAUCUGAUAUAUGGACAAUAUGUUUAAUUUUGAACACUAUAUAUUUCAUGGUAUAUUUCAUGUUUCCUUCCCUGUAGCUGACACAGAAGGCUAUGCAAGGUCAAGCUCUAAACCCGAGUGAGACGGCCUGUCCAACAUGUCAUUAAGGACACCAGUUAUUCCUUAUAAGUUAUUAGGUAGGAAGUCACCUGGCACUUUUUUUUUGCUGGACUGUAUUGCAAGGGGUGAGGUGACAUUUCUGACAGUGUGCGUCUCCAUGUUUAGCUGAAAUGAAUACAGUUAUGAGUGGAACUUGAGGCAGUAGAGGGCCAAUGGUCAGCGUGCCUUUACAGAGGAGAAACGUUGGGAGGUUGUAAUUACGCAAGCAGAAAAAAUAUACUUGUAAGUGUAAAACUGUUUGUUGUGCAAACACGCAGCAUGCAACCUCGCAUGGAAUGUUUCGGGGAAACUUUUGCGGGCUCUUUCAGAUGUGUCAUGUCACACUGGGGUUGUCUCUCAGCAACAUUUCCCCAACGCAGCUGGGAAUGUAAUACAAUAAGGAAAUUACUCAUCUAAAAGGAACUUGUUGGCUUGUUUUCGAGCUUUGCUGCUCCCUGUGGUCGGGUUGUUAUCCUCUGCAAAAGCGAAAAUGUUAGAGGCUACAAAAGUACCCAGCAAUAUAAAACCUAAUCCAAUCCAUAAUGACUAUUCUGCCUCUGAAGGAGAGUAAAUAAAUAAUGUGACUUGAUUGUUGACUCCUACUUGAUGCAUUGCUACUUCCUCUGGGUCAUGAUGCAGCUCACUAUUGAUUUAGACAGGGCCAUGACAACACAGAUUUGAUGUGAGCAAAUGACCGCGCAUAAAUCCUGUUUGUGAAUAAAUACCUGGCAAUUUCAUGAGUGGGUUUGCAUUGACCCUCACCUUGAUGCUAACGCUCGGCAGACCCAAAACUAAUAACUCAUAAUGUCUCGUCCGCCCAUUCUUUUGCCUCUGAAUCAAGGCGAAUGUGGUUUAUGGGGCUGAAAGCCUCAUGUGCAGCGCUGAAUACUGUGUUUUCUGCAAAUGCUAUAGGAGCUGCAGGGAGCAGGAGGAGGCACAUGCAAGGUGUUGUUGUUGUGUCAAGAGAGGAGCCAAUGACUUUGUGUUGACAGCUGAAGUGUACAGGAUACAGCAGGUAAGUUUUUUUUUUUUUCACGGAGCGCCUCAUCAGCAUUAACACCUAUCAUCAGCCGUCUUGUUUACCCUUUUGUGGAGAUGCAUUGUGUUCAAAACGUGAUGUUUACCUGGGGUACUUCCGGUCCCAGCCCAGCAUAACACUCCCAUAUUCAGGCACUGCUCGUUUUGCAGGGUUGUCGGGAUUCUUAUUUGUUUCGUACAAAACUGGACUUAUUUUUUAAAACCCCUGAUUUUCAGAGCAAACAUGCACCAAAGGUACGGUACAAUGCGUGUUUCUCUUUCAUUGCAAGUUUGUUUUGCGACCGGUGGCUUAGUCUUUCUGCUCUGUUCAUGAUCCUGCUGGUGAAGGUGUUUUCCCGACUAUGCUGCAUCACAGCUAAAUAUAAAAUAGGCUGUGAUUCUUCACAGGUCUUUUCAACAAUCUUUCCGUUCGGCCUCGGCGAACACAGGAGGACGUAGAUCAUCUGGAAAGAUGUUCUUUGUGGCAGGGGCCAAAAAUACAAGAGGCGCGGUGAGAGGAAAUGAGAGGAGCUCAAUCUACCAGAAACUGCGAGGGGUAGAUUUAUUAGACAAAAAGAAGACAGUGACAGCUCUAAAGCCUGGUGAAGAUCGGGCCAUGCUCCUGGGUCUGGGAAUGAUCCUCUCAUCUGUCAUGAUGUACUUUGUCCUGGGGAUCACCACAUUACGCUCCUAUGCAGACAGUGUGUGGACAGAGGAGGGUGUGUGUGUUGUUCGCAACUCCACGGUCACAGCAGACAUGAACUGUUCCUACAACUGUGGGUCAGACUGCUGGAGAGUCUCCAAAUACCCCUGUCUGCAGGUCUACGUGAGCGUCAAUAACACGGGCCGUGUCAGCCGUUUAUCUCACAAUGAAGAGACCCAGGACGCCAGCUCUGAAUGUUUCUAUGUGCCCAGAUGCCAGAGGGACAGCUGGGCCAUGCACACCAUGAUAAUGAAUAUCUCCGAGCGCCUGAAGGUCAACCAGCAGGUCCCCUGUUACUACGACCCCUCCGAGCAGCAGGAGGCCGUCCUCCUGACCCGGCUGUACGACCACAGAGUCUUGCUCCACUCGCUGCUCUGGCCCUCCUGCAUGAUGACAGGGGGGGUCCUCAUCAUCGUGAUGGUGAAGCUCACACAGUACCUCUCCAGACUCUGUGAAGAGAUAGGGAAGAUCAAGAGGUGAAAUACAUUGGGCGGCUGCGAAAGCCAAUCAUAUGGUGGUUUUGAUGACGGACACUUGACAUGACAAGGAUGGUUGGAACCAAACAACCUUGCUGUGACCCCUAGCAAACUUUCCCCGUCAGCUGAGACAUGUGGAACAGAUGAAGAUUCACUGCAGCCUGAGGAUGUGACUGUUUAUAAAAGUGGAGUGAAUGUUCCGAGGCGGAAACUGUCAGAAGUGUAGCUGGCUCCUGCACAGGGAAAACUAGGACUGGGUUUUGAAUUGUGUUAGAGGAUUAUAAAAUGCCCUGUGGUUACUUGUUUACGCGGAAGUUUAUUCUAGCAGUCAUUUUAAAUCCCGUGUAUUAUACUACUUUAUAUAUUGCCAACACUUAUAUGAUAAUACCAAAAAUCAGACAUUGUAAAACACUGCCCUGUCUUUCCUAAAAAAUGUCUUAUGUGUUCCAGCUUUUGAUGUUACGCAACUUUGUACAACUUUGAGAACUUGUCUAUGGUGAUUUGGAAUCAAAAUAGUUUUCUGAAACAAUAACAUAUUCUUAUUUUAUACUCACCACCACCACGAUGACCAAUUAUGACUACUGACCGGUACGAAGUAGGCCUUUUACCUAUUUUUGUGUAUACACGAAUAGCGAUGAAAUAAAAUUGUGCCAGACCUCUGAAAUAUUUGAAUAGCACCUUUAAUGCAUACAAUGUAACACAAAGAGCUGUGCAGAAUAAAAGCAAGACAAAGACACAUCCACAGCAAGAUGCUGUCGUAAAUAAAAUAACAAAAGAGAUAUGAAAUGAAUGAAUCUGAAAUAAUUAAAAGGCCAAAUAAAGAGGUGAAAACAAUAAAGAUGGAAAUAAAUUGCUAAAAUAGAUGUGAAAAUGUUUCAGUAAAUAAUAAAAUGCUAACGAAGAUGUGAAAAGAAUAAAGAUAACAUAAUAAAAGGCUAAAAGAGAUGUCAAAGAGAAAAGGGUAAAAUAAUAAAAUAUUUUAUUAAAUGUGAAAAUGAUGAAGGUGAAAUAAAGAUAAAAUGCUAUAGGAGGAGUAAGUACCGUAAAUAAAAAAGAGAAGAUUGAAGUGAAACUCAGAGAAAGCAAAUAGCUAAGCAAUAAAUUCAAUAAAUAAAAAAAACAGAACAUAAAUGAAAUAGAAUAAAAUGAUACAUCUGAAGAAAAGUAUAAUUAAUUAAUAAUUAUGUUUCCACAUACAUGGGGUCGAGAAGUUCACUCUUGCUUCACAUGAACAAUAAUCCUAUUAAUGAGAACAGCAGCUUAAUGCAUUGUAAUGAUGGUGCAGUGGUCACGCGCAAGCGCACACACACACACGUGGCUCUGCAGCUGUAAUAAAUGAUCAUCAUGUAAUAAAGAAACAAAGUGCUCCUCUAUCAGGAGCUCAAUCCCAUGGCUUGAAUUCCAGUGAUAUGCAACAUAGUGUAAU